GGCAGCGGCGCGGGGCGCCGCGCCCGGCUCCGCAACCCCUUCUACCCGCUCACCGAGGAGUCGUACGGCGCCUACGCCGUCAUGUGCCUCUCCGUGGUGAUCUUCGGCAUCGGCAUCAUGGGCAACAUGGCAGUGAUGUGCAUCGUGUGCCACAACUACUACAUGCGGAGCAUCUCCAACUCCCUGCUCGCCAACCUGGCCUUCUGGGACUUCCUCAUCGUCUUCUUCUGCCUGCCGCUCGUCAUCUUCCAGGAGCUCACCAAGAAGUGGCUCCUCGAGGACUUCUCCUGCAAAAUCGUCCCGUACAUCGAGGUAGCCUCUCUUGGGGUCACCACAUUCACACUGUGUGCCCUCUGCAUAGACCGCUUUCGUGCUGCCACCAAUGUGCAGAUGUACUAUGAGAUGAUUGAAAACUGCACAUCGACGACUGCCAAGCUGGCCGUGAUCUGGGUGGGAGCGCUGCUCCUGGCGCUGCCGGAGGUUGUGCUGCGCCAGCUCGCCAAGGAAGACCCCGAGUACAGCGGCAGCCCGCCCGCGGAGCGGUGUGUUGUGAAGAUCUCCACCGCACUACCCGAUACCAUCUAUGUGUUGGCUCUCACCUAUGAUGGGGCAAGACUCUGGUGGUACUUUGGCUGCUACUUCUGUUUGCCUACCCUUUUCACUAUCACUUGCUCCCUGGUAACAGCAAGGAAAAUCAGGAGGGCGGAAAAGGCUUGCACGAGAGGGAACAAGCGGCAGAUCCAGCUGGAAAGUCAGAUGAAUUGCACAGUGGUGGCUUUGACCAUUUUAUAUGGGUUUUGCAUCAUUCCUGAAAACAUCUGCAACAUUGUGACUGCCUACAUGUCCACGGGCGUUUCGCGGCAGACUAUGGAUCUCCUCCAUCUCAUUAGUCAGUUCCUUUUGUUCUUUAAGUCUUGUGUUACCCCCGUUCUCCUGUUCUGCCUCUGCAAACCUUUUAGCCGGGCCUUUAUGGAGUGUUGUUGCUGCUGCUGCGAUGAGUGCAUCCAGAAAUCUUCAACGGUGACAAGUGAUGACAAUGACAACGAAUAUACCACGGAACUAGAGCUCUCCCCUUUCAGUACCAUCCGCCGUGAAAUGUCUACUUUUGCCUCUGUAGGGACUCACUGCUAACUGACAGUAGGACUUUUCAUUUCCAAGAUAUUUUCUUUUCUUUCUUUGCCUUUUUUUUUUUUAAACUUCAUAUUUUCCCUCUUG